AUUUUUUGGUCUUGCGUGUCGGAUCUAAAUCAGGAUGGAUCCGAUAAUGGAAAUCGAUCCGUUAAGGUUGCCACUAACAAUUCCUCCAUUGACCGGGGUUCAGGAGAUAUAGAGACCGCUCCCUUUCCCUCUCCACCAGAUCGAUUCCUUUGCGACCACGUGCCUUCGGAAAAGAUAGCAGGAGAACUGACCCAAGCAAAAGGGGAAUUCUGAUGGCAGCAUCAAAGAUCCAGGCGUUAUGGAAUCAUCCUGCUGGCCCUAAGACCAUUCAUUUUUGGGCCCCUACUUUCAAAUGGGGCAUUAGCAUCGCAAACGUUGCUGAUUUCACCAAGCCACCUGAGAAGUUAUCCUAUCCUCAGCAAAUUGCUGUGACUUUCACUGGGCUUAUUUGGUCUCGCUAUAGCACAGUAAUUACACCUAAAAACUGGAACCUUUUCAGUGUGAAUGUUGCAAUGGCGGGAACCGGCACAUAUCAACUUUACCGGAAAAUCAGGCUUGAUUACUUUUCCGAGGCACAAGAAUUGCCUACAAAUGAAUGAGAACAAAAUCGUCCUUCAUGAUUCUGUUAGUCUCCAUUGCUCAAUAGAAGACCGAAUACAGGAUGUUUCCAGCUUCUUUGUUCAUGAUAUUCACUGCGUUUUCUUGGUUCUGUUGUAUCACAGAAGUACACCAAUCUAACGUAAAGAUAAUUAUGUUGCCAACUUCAAAAGAUGGAAAUCAAAUACGUUUUUCUUUUUUAUUUCAA